GGUUACUAGCCAACCGAGCAAACGAGUGACUCUGACUCCAGCAGCGGCGAAACGCAAACGUUCCAUAUUGUCGCCACUUCAAAUGUGAAGUGACGCUCGCAGCGAACGGUUGGUUGAUUUGUUACAAAAUAUUCGUCGGUGUCACAAAAUACAAAAACACUACUCUAGUGCAGUGCAGUGCAGUGGAGAAGUUAAGCAAAUGUGUGAGAAAAAUAGAAAUAAAACAUAAAAAACUGAAAAUAAAAAUAAUAGAUAAAACAAAACUUAAACAUUCGCUGUGAAUUAAUUUUUUUUUUUGCCUUUUUGUUGGAGUGUAUGUGUUGUUCCCCAGAUUUUGACGCGGCGCGUGUGACUUCAAAUAUACUGUAUGACAUUCAUAUAUGUUUGUUGUUGUUGUGUAUUUUAAGUGUGUGUGUUGGUUCCGGUACGCCGAGAAUGAAAGGAAAACUGUGCAGCAUUAUUUCCUUUGAAUGAAAAUAUUUUUAAAAAUCUUUGCAAGAAAUUUGUGUUCUUUUCAAUCAGUGGUGACAACGUUUAAAUUAUGCACAAAUUUUAAAAAUUAAAAAAAAAAAAUAUAUAUAUGUAUACAAUUGCUUGUACGUUUAUGCAACUAUUUCUAUGGUGAUAUAUGCAAAUGGGCAUAUGUACAUACAUAUGUACGUGAAAGUGUAUGUAGUAAGAACAGUGUGUUUUAUUGCGAAAUUUGAUGAGGAAUGUUUUUAAAAGUGACCGCUGUAAACGUGGCGUAAUUCGUUAUUUGCAUUUGUGGUUAUGCCUUAAGUAUGUAUGUAUGUAUAAGCCUAGAUAUUUGAAAUUUGCAUGUUUAUUUUAUAGGAACUCAACAUUUAAUGCUCAACAUGCAAUAAAUAAAUUGCACACCUGCGCACUGAACCAAGUUGAGGAAUAAAUUAUAAAAAGUGCCGAAUCGCAAAUGAAAAUUUGAAUAUGAAUUUGCAAAGUAUUCGUUUAACUUGUACCAACAUUCAGCUGUUGUAAGAGAUUUCCUAGUGAUUUACAGUGUAUAGUAUACAUAUGUAAUAUAUGUAUACAUAUGUAUGUAUAUAUAUGCAUAUAACGUGAAAACGCCAAGCAAGUAUUAAACUCUGAAUAAGCAAAAAUAAUAAUUUAUUAAUAUUGUUAAAAAAGCAAACAAAUAAAAGUGUUAAAAUGGAAACGGCAAAUGCAACCAUGUACGCCACCGCUACUGCUGCGCCGGUUGUAACGCCCACAACAAAACCAUUGAAAACCAUAGCAGCAGCUACAGCAGCCGCCGCCGUCGCAGCAGAAGCCGAAGCACAAGCAUACGACGCGCCAACAUCACCCAUAAGUGAUUUGGCCGCUUCAGUGGCCUUUAUAAAUACCACAUCUACACAAACACCAAUUGCCACGCCAACGGCAAUUCUAUCGCCCACAAUACCAAUUGUUGCAGCAACAGCUUCUGCAUCAUCGCCAACUUCGUCACCAUCAUCGGCAUUUACAGCAUUCGCUACAACACAGGCGUUACUGCAGCUGCCAUUGGAAUUACAACAGACACUGGCGAGUGCUGCUGCGGUGGCCGGUUACUUACCAUCAACAUACCUUAUGGAUUUAUUGACAGUUGAAUUAGUGAUGCCAGCAAUCCAAAGUGACGUUGCACUAUCGAUAAAUCGGCAAUGGUGAAUUUUAUGCAUGACUGGGCGAAUUUUGACUCUGGUUUUUGCGAAUGUGGCAUUAGUUUAAAGUGAAAUGAAUAUAAAAUAAAAUAAAUAUAAAAUGAAAUAAUUUAACGUGAAGUAAAUAUGAGGUAAAGGAAAUUAAAAGUAUAUUUUUAUUUUUCCGCCUCUUUAAUGACUUUGUAGAUCUUGCAGGCAAAUAAACAUUCACUUUCUUUAGAGUUUACUUUCUACUAGUACUUUUACUUUAAAAACUACUCUUUCGGCAAAAAAAUACGCCAA